AACCGUUCCAACAACAAGCUGUAACUGUCCCGCUCUGCUCCGAGUGCAGACAGCGGGAAACCCGCCUGGCCUCCAGCUGUGGUGUGUUUCACCCGUCUGCUCACAGCGGGGUGACGGAGGUCAUCUCACUCUGGUCAUCGAGCUGAUUGAGAGUCAAAUGUAAGCAGCCAGAUGGAAGAUAACAUCCGCAGUUUGAUAGCAGUUUAAUUCAUCUCAUUUAAUUUCACUAUUUAAUAUCUAUUGUGCAGCAUGGAGCAAAAGUGUGAGAUAACCACACAAGUGUACUGCACACUUUUUUCAACAAACGCGUCAAACAUGGCAGGCUGUAAAUCAUGAAUUCUGUUUAAGUGUCGGUGUACUUCCCUGAACUCCAGCGACAAAGGGGAUGCCCGAGAGGCUGAGUGCAUGUUGGCCUCUCUCACUCCUGAUGGACGGCCUCCUUUUCUUUUUUUUAAAGAGAACCUGUCCAACCAGGUUGACCUAGUUUCUGUGCUUUGACAGUGCAGACGCCAAUGGGUUUAAUUGCAUUUGCGUCCUUUUUGAAGACAACUGACCAGACAUGCAAGCACGUGUCACCUCUAACCCAUUCUCUGGCCUGAGAUUACGACCAGUAUUCACAGUUUUAGGUUUGCAGCUGGGACAGUGAAGCAAACCGCUGCUGCUCGUGCACGCUGACGUGUGCUUCUGCACAGCCAGGAUUAACCCUCCUGCGCCGGUUGACAAAUAAUAAAUAUUACAUUAUCACUCAUGUUACUAAACUUGUUUGUUUUCUAACCACAAGAAAAAAAACAUCUGUUUUUGAUACAAAGUAACUCUCGUCAGGUCUGUAUAGUUUGAGGUCACGUUGUUCUUUUUUGGGCACUAAACGGGUUGUUGUUAUUAUUAAAAUCAUAUGUAUUUACCUUAAUAUUGCAUAUAGUUCUGGUAUAAAAUGGUUCAGAAUGAAACUUUUUAGUCAUAAUAUUCAAAUGUCUUCAGUCCAAAGGAAGGACUUGUGUUACUCAACAGCACCUUGGAAGCCUUUGUGUCUGCCACAUGCUGUUUGACUUUGUGUAACAGGUUGUGUCUUCUCAUUAUAGCUGUGUGUGUGUGUAUCGUGUGUAUCAGGUGUGCACGGUGGAAGGACACUGGCUCUUAUUGAAUUCACCGUUUGUCAACAACGUCCUACCUGGAAGUCCAAGAGAUUAAAUAAAAAGACUUCAAACAACAAAAAAGAACAAGAAAAAAUUCCGCAGACGCGCCCUGCGUGAUAAAAACACCCAUAACCUCUCUAGGCAUGCUUUGUCUUCCAGCUGUAACCGACUGUCGGGAAGUCCCACCCCCCCUCCCACACACACACGACGCGUCACCAACACUUGAAAAGCGCUGAUGCGCCGCUGCUUGUGUCACUUACGAAGGCUGCGCGAGCACAGGACGAGCCGAGGAGCUAUCUAUGCAGAAACGACAACAACAACAACAACAACAAAAGGGCUCCUGUCGUCUUGUCAGCUAGAUACAAAUGGGCACCAUGGGGAACGGGCUGGUGUUUGUCCAGGAUAACCGGAAACGCAUCCAAGCCGUGGAGAGUUCGUUCGGGCCGUCGGGGAAGCCCCUGUUGGAGCCGGGUCGGGUCCUGAUCGGAGAGGGCCGGCUGAUGAAGAUGAGCCGCCGGGGGCCGCAGCCCAAAGUCUUCUUCCUCUUCAACGACGUGCUGGUGUACGGCAGCAUCAUUCUGAACCGCCGCUGGCACAAGAAGCAGAAGAUCAUCCCUCUCGAGGACAGCCAGAUAGAGGACUUGGAGGACGGCGCAACGAUGAGGAACCAGUGGCUGAUCCGGACGCCGCGCAAGUCCUUCUACGUGGCAGCCGCCUCCUUAGAGGAGAAGCGCGCCUGGAUCGAGCACAUCGAGGAAUGCCGGUCCAGUCUGCUGCGGAGCGGCGUCUGCCGGACCGGGUCCAACUUCGCCAACACCUGGAUCCCCGACCGGGCGUCCGCGGUCUGCAUGCGCUGCCCCGAAAAGUUCACCCUGACGCAGCGUCGACACCACUGCCGGAAAUGCGGCUUCGUGGUCUGCGGCGCGUGCUCCAAGAAGCGAGCCGUGAUCCGACCCAUUCACCCCACCAAGUGGCUGAGGGUCUGCGCCACGUGCCACUCCGGCCUCUCGACCACGGAGGCCGGAGAGGGGCCCCGCGCGCAGGGCGGCAGCACGGAGAAGAUCGUCUCGGACGAAGACGUGGACGGAUUGAUUGAGGAAGAGGACGCCGAAGAGCAGAUGGAGGACCACGACCCCGGCAAGUGGAUGAACCCCCCGAUCGACCCCUGGUCCAUAUAUAUGUACUUCAAGCCAGAACACUCGCAGCCGCAGACAUAAGCGCGGGAAGAGGCCUCCGGGGCUCUCCGUGGACACUGACUGAUGCAGCUUCGUGCAACGAGUGCCAGUUACAUUCAUCUAAAAAAGUUCAAUACCUUUUUUUUCAUAUAGUAUUUAUUUAUAUUUGAUAUUUUAUUUAAUAAUAAGUGUUUACUUUGUGGUCCAGUACCGACUAACCCAGAACAGAGGGAUCCUCAACAGAUGGUGGACUCUGAGGGACGGCUGUGACACAUACGUGUCUGUUGCAUGUAAAGACUUUACUUUUGACAUUUACAUUGUUGUUUGAGAUUAUUUACAUUGUCAACAGCUGCUUCUCUGGAAUUGUUGAGCAUAUGAUAAUAAAAGAAUGUGAUACCUGUA